CACCGGGGGGAUAUAGUGGCGGGGAGGAUGGUACGCAAUCGUGACAUCAACUCGAGACGGCUGCAAGUUGCAACGGCGCGGUACUACACGGUUCGCAAACAAUAGUUGGACGGACGAGAACGGCGGCCCAGGCCCAGAGCUCACCGUUUCCGCGUCCCCCUUGUUCCAUUCGUGUACUAGCGCGCGUUCCCGACGGUCCUGCGUAGUGUUCCGCAGUUCUUCUUGCACUUCUCUAAUUCGAGUACUUUUCCGGUCCGCCGUCGUCCACGGUUCCCCGAGUUGGUCGCCCCGUUCCAUCCGUCCGCUGAUCGACGGCCGCAGCAACGCGACACCGAUAAUCAGAAAUGGCCGAUCAAAAACCAUCCGAGAGUUCUGAGUUUAACAAGCCCAAGGAUCCCAAAGAUGUUGAAAAAGCCCAAGAAGAGUGUAUGAAAAAACAAUAUCAAAUGAAGUCGAAUUGGCCUCCAGUUAGCGGUCAUUCUGCCCUUCUCCAAAAACGUUUAGCUAAAGGGCAAAAAUUUUUUGAUUCCGGUGAUUAUCAAAUGGCCAGGCAAGCAGGAAACGGUAGCAACUUUUCAAGUAAUCGCCCUGUACAACAAGUUUUGGGUUUUGGUACAGGAGAUACCAUACCAACCCCAGAAACUGUGCCAGCUCGCAAGACUUCAAUUAUUCAGCCUAAGUUUAACCCAACUUCCACUUCAUCAUCUACAACGUGAUUUUUGUGCUAAAAUCAAUUUUUUUCAUUUUCAUUUAUUUUAUCUAUUUUUUAUUCAGGAACUUAGUUUAAUCAAAUGUUAUUCAUUUUAAUUUUGUUAAUAUUAUAUGGCUCAUGAAGUUAACGAUGUGGCUAUUUAAUUUUUUAAGCUAUUUGAUAAAA